GUAGGGGAAGUAGGAACAUUAUUAUUGUAUGGCUCGAUACAUCACACACGGAUGGGACGUAGGGGAAGUAGGAACAUGCAAUAGGACAGAGAAUGUUACAACCGACAAGACAAUGAAGGACUUGACUGACAGAUGAGUGGAUGUCUGGUGGUUUGUGGGGGUGUGAGACUGUGACAUAACCUGCCUACCAAUUGGACCGGUAGUUGUGCACUAGUGCAGCUAGGCCUGCUCUUCACCCUUACCCAGAGCCAGGUCGAAGAGAGAGAAGGAGUGCUCUGUCAGGAUCGUUUUGACCCUAGAGUUUACAUUGAUAUCAUGGGAGUUCCAAGGAGAUUACCUGAUGGGUUCUGGAUUGGAAUCAAGCAUCUUCUGGUGAUAACAGCUGCAACUAGGUUGAUGGGAUGUCAGAAUAGAAAAGCCUUGGACAUGUUAAUGGUUGAAAAGGCUGGGGGUGUAUGAGGUUCAGAACAGAAUGUUGUACUUUCAUCCCAAAAUGACACAGCUCCAGAUGGAUCAGUGACCAAGGCUCUGGCAGAGAACUCGGUGGUAGGUAAUGCUCUAACAAAUUGGUUUUGAUAGUGUGUUUGGGAAAUGAAUAAAUGUAAUGAUCACUGUGUUGUGGGCAACCUUCACCUGUGUGACUGUGUUAGUUUUGUGUGGAUGUGCGUGAAAGGUCUCAUCUCCAGGACUCUGGAGAAAUCGAUGAGACAACAGAAGGUGAGAUCGGGACCGAUUCCGAGCUCUGACCAGUAGAAUAAUGAAUACAUGACUCCAGAUCUAGUAGAUGGACCCGGCUCAUUCACAUACGAGGAGCCGAUGUUGGAGGAGACCAUUUUUGAUGUUUAGACUGUUUCUUUGAUGAAGAUUAUAAAGACAAUCCUGAUAAGAAGAGGAGAAAUACCUGCAGAGGGAAGCACCCCGACCCUAAAGGACAGAGGGAGAGACAGGAGAAAGCCCUGCAGAGGGAAGCCCCCCGACCCUAAAGGACAGAGGGAGAGACAGGAGAAAGCCCUGCAGAGGGAAGCCCCCCGACCCUAAAGGACAGAGGGAGAGACAGGAGAAAGCCCUGCAGAGGGAAGCCCCCCAACCCUAAAGGACAGAGGGAGAGACAGGAGAAAGCCCUGCAGAGGGAAGCCCCACGACCCUAAAGGACAGAGGGAGAGACAGGAGAAAGUCCUGCAGAGGGAAGCCCCCCAACCCUAAAGGACAGAGGGAGAGACAGGAGAAAGCCCUGCAGAGGGAAGCCCCCCGACCCUGAAGGACAGAGGGAGAGACAGGAGAAAGUCCUGCAGAGGGAAGCCCCCCAACUCUAAAGGACAGAGGGAGAGACAGGAGAAAGCCCUGCAGAGGGAAGCCCCCUGACCCUGAAGGACAGAGGGAGACACAGGAGAAAGACCUGCAGAAGAGUAUGCAGUGUAGACCGAGAAAGUCUUUGGACCCUGCAAGAGCGAGGACAGGACCAACCCAACUGGUCCCCCUACAGCUCAUCUCUGCCCUGAUGCUCCAGACUGGGCCCCACUGGUCCCCCUACAGCUCAUCUCUGCCCUGAAGCUCCAGACUGGGCCCCACUGGUCCCCCUACAGCUCAUCUCUGCCCUGAAGCCCCAGACUGGGACCCAGCUGGUCCCCCUACAGCUCAUCUCUGUCCUGAAGCCCCAGACAUUCACAGAGAAGAUGAGACGGCAGCAGGCAGCCCUGAACACCUUCAUCAGGAAGAAGGCUACGCAACUGGACAUUAACACACUGGAGGAUAAACUACACACCUCUACAACAGGCAGGCAAUAGGGAGUCACAGCAACCUGGGGUUACCUUAGAGACGGAACAGGAAUCUGGAUGUAACCUGCCAACAGAAUGUCAAUAAAGAAUUAACCUGACAACUUCUUGACGACAGUACAAGAACUGAGCUGAAGGUUUUGAUUGUAGUCCCCUACGACCUCUUGCGAUUGGAUGAUCCUGCAGGUUGAACAGAAAAAUAUCAAUGUUCGCGUCACCACCAUGGACGCUGAGCUGGAGUUCGCCAUCCUGCCCAGCACCACUGGCAAACAACUCUUCAACCAGAUAGUGAAAACCAUCGGGCUGAGAGAGACCUGGUUCUUUGGCCUACAGUACCAGGACAGCAAAGGCUUCUCUACCUGGCUCAAACUCAACAAGAGGGUGACAGCUCAGGAUGUACGCAGGGAGAACCCUCUGUUGAUAAAGUUCAGGGCCAAGUUCUACCCUGAAGAUGUAGCUGAGGAACUGAUCCAAGAGGCCACGCAACGACUUUUCUUCCUGCAGGUGAAGGAAGGCAUCCUGAAUGAUGAUAUCUACUGUCCUCCUGAGACGGCUGUGCUGUUGGCCUCCUACUCUGUUCAGACCAAACAUGGAGACUACAAGAAGGACUACCACUUCCCGGGUUACCUCAGCAGGGACAAGCUGCUUCCCCAGAGAGUUCUGGAGCAGCACAAGCUGAACAAGGAGCAGUGGGAGAAUAGAAUAAAGGUGUGGCAUGAGGAGCACAAGGGAGUGCUGAGGGAGGAUGCCAUGGUGGAGUAUCUGAAGAUAGCUCAGGAUCUAGAGAUGUAUGGAGUCAACUACUUCAGCAUCAAGAACAAGAAGGGUUCAGAGCUGUGGCUGGGGGUAGACGCUCUGGGCCUCAAUAUAUACCAGAACACUGACAGGAUGACCCCUAAGAUCGGCUUCCCAUGGAGUGAGAUCAGAAACAUUUCCUUCAACGACAGGAAGUUUGUUAUAAAGGCCAUGGACAAGAAAGCCCCGGAUUUUGUGUUCUACGCCCCUCGUCUGCGGAUCAACAAACGUAUCCUGGCGUUGUGCAUGGGGAACCAUGACCUGUACAUGAGGAGGAGGAAGCCAGACACCAUCGAGGUCCAGCAGAUGAAUGCCCAGGCCAGAGAGGAGAAGACUAAGAGACAGAUGGAUAAAGCUCUGCUUGAGAGCGAGAAGAAGAAGAGAGUGAAUGCGGAGAAGGAGACAGAGAAGAUCGCCAGAGAAACCAUGGAGCUGAUGGGCAGACUGAAACUGAUUGAGGAAGAGACCAAGAAAGCUCAGGAAGAGCUGGAGGAGCAGACUCGCAGGGCCCUGGAGCUGGAGAAGGAGAGGACGUUUGCCCAGGAGGAGACAGAGCGUCUGGAGAAAGAGCGCAGAGCAGCGGAAGAGGCCAAGGCAUCCCUCCUACAGCAGUCAGAGAGCCAGAUGAAGAACCAGGAGAACCUGGCCACCGAGCUGCUGACCUCUAACAUCUCCUUUCUGGAGGACGUAAAGAAGGAGAAGGACGACGAUACAAAGAGAUGGCAGAAAAGGACGGUCCUGGUGGAGGUUGAUUUGGAGCGGGCCAAAGCAGUUCUGAAGACUAAAGACAUCCAGGACUGUGUGCAGGGGGACCACGACGAGACCGACGAGAGCAGCGACGAGGCCAGCGCCGAGCUGACAUCACCAGGCAUGGUCAGAGACCGCAGCGAGGAGGAACGCAUGACGGAGGCUCAGAAGAACAAACGGCUACAGAAACACCUCAAGGUCCUGAGUACUGAGUUGGCCAGCGCUCGAGACGACAGUAAGAAUACUCCCAACGACCUGAUCCACUCGGAGAAUGUUAAGGCCGGCCGGGACAAGUACAGGACCCUCCGUCAGAUACGACAGGGCAACACCAAGCAACGCAUCGACGAGUUUGAGUCCAUGUGAGAGAGAGAGAAUGAGUGAGUGAGAGAAUGAGUGAGUGAGAGAAUGAGAGAGAGAGAGAACAAGAGUCUGUACGGAAUCUGUAUUUGAAUGGAAGCCAUAUAGACAGGUGUACAGUGUAAUUAUAACAUCAACAGGUACAGUGUAAUUAUAACAUCAACAGGUACAGUGUAAUUAUAACAUCAACAGGUACAGUGUAAUCAUAACGUCAACAUUGCUUUAUUGACUUUGUAAGAACCCACUGCCUCGCCCCAGUAGUGUUUUGUCUACUGUGACUAAAGAUUGCCAUCUACUGGCUGUAACGUAUUACAUAUGUUUGCUAAAGUCAAAUUCUGUGGACUACAGACUGUAGGCUACUAGUUCAACAAUCAAAGUGAGUGAUGACAUUAUUACUACAUCAUUCCUGUUGCUUUUGGGUUUUGCAAUCUUGAAAUGCAUCUAUGCAAAAUAAUCCUUAGCUGAUACACUAUAAAAUCCAUAUUUGUCUGUAUGCAUAGUUUAGUGAGAGGAACGGUUAGAGGUUAUUUACAAUGGAUGUCAUUUCACAGAUAUAAAUAAGCACCACAUUUGUUAAGUGUUUUGCUAUGAGUCAAAUAAAUACCAUUA